AUGAAACGAUUACCACUUCUUCUGAGGAAAAGACAAUCAAAACAAAUAAAACAACAAUUGAGACAAAUGUUAGAAGAAGUGGAAGAACUGAACGCAAACCCAAAGUGUAUGCAAUACCUGAUCCCGAAUCGGAUCCCAAUUCACUCCUAUUAUUACGAAAAGAUAAUUACUCUCCGAAGACACAGCAGUUUAUGUGUCCUAACCCUCACUGCCGUAAAGGGUUUGUUAGUUCUCUCAGACUUUACCAUCACUUCCAUUCCGUUCAUUACAAGGAGAAGAAAAUCAAAUCUUCACAGCGAUUACCGACCCUUUGAGUGCUCGCAAAAGGGCUGCGAUUUUAAGUGUAAAACUGAAGCACAACUCAAUUUCCAUUCAGUUAUUCAUUCAGACAAUUAUGCCUUCAAAUGCAAUGAAUGCGAGAAAGCAUUUAAAACUCAAUAUUAUCUUAACACUCAUUUGCGGAUCCAUUCAACUGAAGACACAUUUCGGUGUCGUUACGAGGGAUGCAAUCAAUGGUUUAAAUCUGAUCUAAGACUUCGCAAACAUAAGAUCUCUGUACACAACGCGCGGCAGAAGUGGUAUCCGUGCGAAUGGCCCGCAUGUGACUAUCGGACUAAGAGCUCGUUUAGUCUUAAAAAUCACCGCCGCAUACAUACGGGUGAGCGACCAUUCGAGUGCCGGUGGCCGGCGUGUGGCAAACGGUUUAGUACGUUUGGAAUGCGCAGAGAUCACGAGCGGAUCCAUUCAAAUACGAAGAACUAUGUGUGUCAUUGGCCCGGAUGUGGCUAUCGGUGCGUUCAGAGCACUAAUCUAACCAAACAUAUGAAAGUACAUCAAAAGCAUGAAAACAAGAGACUUUUAAAUGAGUUAUUGUUUGCAAACAAAUGUCUCAACGAAUUGAAAACUCAUUUGAAUUUCGUUUGCAAUAAAUUGGAGACAAUUAUUACCGCAGAAGACAUACAACUCUUCAAUCAUUUGAUCCAAACAUUGAGUCAAUUCACGGACAAGACAUCACUCGAAGAGGAGAUUUCAAGAAGUGAUGAAAUUGUUGUCAAACCUGUUGUCGAGAAUACAACUGAAAUAAAAAGUCCAUCAGUUGUGCGAAGAAGUGAUGAAACGAUUACCACUUCUUCUGAAGAAAAGACAAUCAAAACAAAUGAAGCAAUAAUUGAAACAAAUGUUAGAAGAAGUGGAAGAACUGAUCGCAAAGUCUACACAUGUGUACUGAAGACUCCGAGAGAUCCAAAUCAUGUCCCGAAACCCAAACCUGAGCCCAAAGUGUAUGCAAUACCUGAUCCCGAAUCGGAUCCCAAUUCACUCCUAUUAUUACGAAGAGAUAAUUACGACCCGAAGACACAGCAGUUUUUGUGUCCUAACCCACACUGCCGUAAAGGGUUUCUUAGUUCGCACAGACUUUACCAUCACUUCCAUGUCGUUCAUCACACGAAGAAGAAAAUUGUUUGUCAAGAAUUAAAUUGUGGCAAAAGUUUUAAGACAAAGAGAGAGCUUAAAAAACAUGAAAACAAUGUUCACAGCGAUUACCGGCCCUUUGAGUGCCCGGAAAAGGGCUGCGAAUAUAAGUGUAAAUCUAAUACACAACUGAACGCACAUUCAGUCAUUCAUUCAGACAUUUAUGCCUUCAAAUGCAAUGAAUGCGAGAAAACAUUUAAAACUCUUUCGGGACUUAACUGUCAUCAGAAACUUCACGGAAAUGAAAACAACUUUAAAUGUCGUUACGAGGGAUGCAAUCAGUUCUUCAGGAAUACAUUGCAACUCCGGAGGCAUAAGAUAGUGGUCCACAACGCGCACCAAGAAGUGUACGCCUGUGAAUGGCCCGCAUGUGACUAUCGGUCCACUUGUAAGCAAUUGGUUGACAUUCACAGACGUCUCCAUACGGGUGAGCGACCCUUCGAGUGCCGGUGGCCGGCAUGUGGUAAACGGUUUCGUAUACGAAAGGGUCGCACAGAUCACGAGCGGAUCCACUCAAAUACGAAGAACUUUGUGUGUCAUUGGCCCGGAUGUGGCUAUCGGUGCGUUCAGAGCAGUAAUCUCACCAAACAUAUGAAAGUACAUCAAAAGUGA